CGUACCGCCGGGGUUCCAAGGAUUUGGCGUGAGUGGCAGAGCUCGCCUCUAGAGGAAACGGAGCGACUCCAAACUGCAAGGCUCGAGGCUGUCAGUAUAAAGCAACUUUUAGCAUGCAAUAGGCUGUUUGGCACGUGCCCCGCCCCCUCCAAAUUCAUUUUCCCCAUUUGUUCUGAAAUUCUGUUGCUUAAACAAUACACAGGAUUUUUUUGAACAAUGAGUUCGUACACCGUUUCCCUCGCUGGACCUUCGCCUUGGGGCUUCCGGUUGCAAGGAGGCAAGGACUUCAACAUGCCCCUCACCGUUUCCAGGAUUACACCAGGGAGCAAGUCAGCCUCCAGCAACCUGAUUCAGGGUGACAUCAUCGUGGCAAUUGAUGGGGUCAGCACAGAGGGGAUGACACACCUGGAGGCCCAAAACAAGAUCAAGUCUGCCAACUUCAAUCUGGCUCUCACCAUGCAAAGGUCAAAGCGACACACUCCAGUUCCCAUGACAACACCAAGGAUUGACUCCCCUAUGCCUGUGAUCCCCCAUCAGAAGGUUAUUACCAACAGUCCUGCCAACAAUGAAUACCUGCCCAGCUUCAACCCAAUAGCUCUGAAGGACACUGCACUCUCCACCAACAAACCCAUUGAGGUGAAGGGGCCUGGAGGCAAGGCCACCAUCAUCCAUGCGCAGUACAACACCCCCAUCAGCAUGUACUCCCAGGAUGCUAUUAUGGAUGCCAUUGCUGGCCAGUCCCAGGCCAGGGGUAGCGAGCUGUCUGGCAAUGAAACUGACUCUCCGCUAUCUAAUCUGCCAGUUAAAGACCGUGUUAUAGACAGUGCUUCCCCAGUGUAUCAGGCCGUCAUCCCCAGUGAAACUGAUCAACUAGAGCCGGCUGAUUGGGCCAAAAGAGCCGCCCAGCUGCAGUCCAAGUCCUUCCGUGUCCUCGCCCACAUUACUGGAACUGAAUACAUGCAAGACCCUGAUGAGGAAGCUCUAAGAAGAUCAAGCUUCAACUUGCAGACCUCUAUGGGUUACACUUCCCAGUACAAAACCUCCAUCUCCAGUUCUUACACCCAGCCUCCACCUAUGCAGCAGCCGCCACCACCCAUGCAGCACAGCUCCAUCCAGAUCCCUCUAGGUCCACCUCCAUCUAAAGUGGUCAGCACUGCCACCAUUGUGCCCGCAGCCUACCCAUCUGCCCCAGCUCCUCCAAUGGUUCACAAACCUGCUCCUCCUCCACCUGCUCCUGCCGCAGCUCCAGCGUCUUCUUCCAACAGGCCUCCUUGGGUUACUGAUGAGAACUUUGCCGAGAAAUUUGACCCUAGCAAACCCACCACCACCAAAAAUAUCAGAGUGAACCCUCUUCCCCAGGCGGCCCCACCACCACCAGCCUACAUCCCCAACCACGUCCCUGCUCCCGCUCCUGCUGCACCCAGCCCUGCAUUCAACCCCGCCCCUCCUCCAUUCAACCCUGCCCCCUUCCCACCUGUGGCUCGUGGAGUUGCUCAAAGGGCAGAGCAGUUUGCAGCCAGCAACAGAACACCUCUGUGUGGAGCCUGCAAUAGCAUCAUCAGGGGACCAUUCCUGGUGGCAUUGGGUCGUUCCUGGCAUCCAGAGGAGUUCAAUUGCCAUUAUUGCCACACGUCCCUGGCUGAUGUCAGCUUUGUGGAGGAGCAGAAUAGUGUUUACUGUGAAAACUGCUAUGGCGAGUUCUUUGCACCUACCUGUGCUCGCUGCAACACCAAGAUAAUGGGAGAAGUGAUGCAUGCACUGCGGCAGACCUGGCACACCACUUGCUUUGUGUGUGUAGCUUGUGGAAAGCCCUUUGGAAACAGCCUCUUUCAUAUGGAGGAUGGUGAGCCGUAUUGUGAGAAAGAUUAUAUUGCACUCUUCAGCACAAAGUGCCAUGGCUGUGACUUCCCAGUUGAGGCAGGAGACAAAUUUAUUGAAGCUCUUGGUCACACAUGGCAUGAUACCUGCUUUAUUUGUGCGGUGUGCCAUGUGAACCUGGAAGGACAGCCUUUCUACUCCAAGAAAGACAAGCCGUUAUGCAAGAAGCAUGCACAUGCCAUCAAUGUGUAGAUGCUUCAACAUUGCAUCAUAAGCUGUCAGUGAAGGAAUUAAAUGCAAUUAAUGUAACAUUUGCAUGUGUGGUUUUACACCAAUACAUCAGUGCCAAUCCAAAUGACACAAAAACUAAUAUAAAAGACAUACAGUAUAUCGUUUAUUAAACAGCAUAUUAGUAAGCAAAUGACUGAAUGAUACAUAAACUAGGCUUUUUGACCUUUUUAAUCCAAAUCCAAUGUGCACAUAUCAUUUAAGGUAAUUCUUUGUCUUUAUUAUAACCCUAAUACAUUUACAUACAUGCACUUGUUUGUCUGAUAUACAUUAAUUUAGGAGAUAUAACAUUUUCAAAUUUUUGGGGGUUUGGUGAAUUUAUGCAACAUACAAUAUUUGUGAUAUUAGUGACUAAAACCUUAAUUUUAAAGAUAUUAAUAUUCUACAUGAAUGUUGAAGAUUGCCUGCAGAUGUAGUUGCUCUUGACAUAGUCUGUCAUGUCUUGAAUCAUUCAUAAACCAGAAACAGCCUGAAAAUGUCUAUGCAUGUUAUUAUGCCUUAAACUCUAAAGUAAAUUUAAAUGUGUUUUAUUCCAUUACUAUUUGUUUUCCUGAACAGUAAUGAGGCCUGUGGAUCCCUGACUUGAAUAUCAGUCACAAAAGGUUGUUAAAUAGAUUGAGACUGGAUGUUGAGAUGUUGUUGUGCAGUCUUUUCAAUACUGAAUGAGUGUUUUAUGUGUUACUAAUCUUGUUUAUUUGUGCUUUUAGUGUGUGUGAAAGCAAGUGAGCUAACUCAUGCGUAUGUGAUGUCAACAUUAGCAUUAUGUGUCAUUCUGUUUUUAUCAACUUAUUUUAAGAAUAUAAGCAGGGCAUCUGAAAAGGUAGCAGAAUUUAUUUAAAUGUAUUAAUUAUUGCCCUCAAAGUGUAUGCAAGACAUAAUUAGCUGUAAUAAUGUUCAGCUCUCAAGGUUUAACAUAAUUUUUUUUAAUUGUUCAUGUUUUGCCUUGUCACCUAUGAUAGUUGAUUUUUGUUCUGUUAUUUAUUGUGUGCAAAACCUCAAUAUUUACAUAAUCUUUGCAAAUGCUGUACUGUUCUGAAUUUGCAUGGAUAAUUUACUUGUUUUCUUUGCCAAGGAGGGAUUCAGAUUUUUAUUGAAUAAAUUCUUUAUUUAACAAGACAGCCACACACACUCACAGGAUGAAAGUUGUGUUGUUAAUACGUUUCUUAAAAUGAAUAACAAAUGGGGCACCUGCGAUAUUUUUUUUUCUCUGUGGGUAUAUGCUACCCAACUCUGAUGUGCAUCUUUAAGAUUACAGUAAAGUGUUUGUUUCAUGCCACGCUAUUAAAGAACAUCAGGGUCAAAUUCUGAGAUUGCAAUUGCAGACACUCAGGUUUUCCUUUGUAAUAUUGAUAUGUUAUGCAUACAAUUCACUUAAUAUAACUUUUAUUUAGACAUUUUAUGAGCGUGUCCUUGAUUUAUCAGUAUAUAUUUUCACUGCCAUAUUGAAGUUAAUCUAACCUACCAUAUCAGUUGAAAUGUGUUCUUAGGGCUACU